GUUCACAUCCUUAAAAAACCAAGGGUUGAACCUUCAACUUAAAAAUGACAAGAUAAACAACAUAAAACAACUCAAAACAAGUGAAUCACAAAACCCAUUCACCACCACCAACCAGAAACACAAACCACCAUGUCUCUCCUCUUCUCCCACAACCCAUCACUCCUCUUCUCCUCCCCCACCACCAUCACCACCACAACCACCAGUAGCACCACCACAAUCCCCAUCUUCCACCGCAAACCAAUCAAACCCACAUCCAUCCGAUUCUCCUCAAACAAGCCCCCAUCUUCCCCAGGAUGGAACCCAUCCGAUCAAACCCUCAACGACGACGAAGAAUCCGACGGCUCACAACCCAUCACCAUCACAGACGAGUGGGGGGAGAAAUCUGAGCCGGUAAACGAACAAUUGACUAAAUUAUCAACCUCAGAUCCUCCACAAGAAAUAGAUGAGUGGGGAACGGGUGGUGAAAAGGUACAGUUAGAAAGUGGAAAUGGAAGUCCGGUGGUUGAAGAAAGUGGUAAGAUUGAUGAGCUGAAGAGGUGUUUGGUGGACAGUGUGUAUGGGACUGGUCUUGGGUUUAAUGCUUCGGUUGAGGAGCGGGCGGAGAUUAUGGAGUUGGUGACUCGGUUAGAGGCGGUUAACCCGACACCAGCUCCUACUGAAGCUUUGGAGCUUCUUGAGGGUAACUGGGUUCUGCUGUACACUGCAUUUUCUGAAUUAUUACCACUUCUUGCAGUUGGCACAACUCCAUUGUUGAAGGUUGACAAAAUUUGUCAAGAAAUAUUUACGAGCAGCCUUACGAUUGAUAAUUCCAUUACAUUUUCCAGCCCUUUUGCUACUUUCACAUCCACUGCAUCUGCAGACUUUGAAGUGCGAAGCCCGUCAAGAAUACAGGUUCAGUUUAAGGAAGGGAGUUUUCAGCCUCCAAAGAUAAAGUCAAACGUAAGCCUUCCUGAGAAUGUUGACAUUUUUGGUCAAAAUGUCAAUUUGUCACCAUUGCAGCAAACUCUCAACCCUUUGCAAGAGGCUGUGGCUAAUCUAGCUGGUGUUAUUUCGGGCCAGUCUCCUCUUAAGAUUUCCAUUCCGGGUGAACGGUCAAAGUCUUGGCUGCUUAUUACAUACCUUGAUAAGGAUUUGAGGAUAUCAAGAGGUGACGGUGGCCUUUUUGUUCUUGCUAAAGAAGGAAGCCCUCUUUUGGAUCAAUGAUCAGAUCGUUAAUUCGUUAUAUGCGGAAUCGGUUCAGAAGUGUUGAAUGAAUCUAAGGGGAUUGGCAAGCUUAAAGAUUCAUAUAUUUAUUGGAUAGAGAUGAAAACAUGUAAUGGAAGGCUAAUAGAUAUGAUUAUGAAGGACGUUCAUGUGUAUAUUACUUACUAUUGAUGAUGAUUCUAAGAUCUUUUACCACCUUUCUAUGCAGUGUUUGAGCUUUCUUAAUAUAAAGGGAAGUAUGCAUUUUAUGAUGAAAAUAAAGUUUGAGAUAUUUAUUUCA